CACGUCUAUGACGUAUCUCGGAGCGGUUGAAGGUUGAAGGUUAUGUCAUUUGUAUAACAUGGCGUCGAACGAGAGUGGAGAUUUUCAAAAGAUACUGGAGUAUCGGAUUUACAAAUGCUCCAGCUAUUCUUCUUGUUACAUACCCGAAAAUAUCAUGGUCGAUAAACCAUCGGAUCAGACGUCACGUUGGUCCUCGGAUAUCGACAAUCAUCCUCAGUACCUUAUUCUCAAACUUCAAAGUCCUUCCAUCGUCAAGUACAUCACCUUUGGCAAAUACGAGAAGACGCAUGUGUGUAACAUAAAGAAAUUUAAGAUAUUUGGUGGAUUGGAACCAGAAAACAUGAUGGAGCUGCUGGAGAGCGGACUGAGGAACGACUCGAUACCAGAGACCUUCGAUCUGAAGCAUAUUCUGGGAAACGAAGGCAACUGCUUUCCCAUCCGAUACUUGAAGGUUCUUCCACUGCAGUCUUGGGGUCCUAGUUUCAACUUUUCCAUAUGGCACAUUAGAUUAACCGGUAUCAAUGAAUCCAAGAUUGUAAGGCCUUGUCUGGAGCGGUUCAACAUGUACCGGCAGAAGGAGAUAAUAAGGCUGUGCAUGAAACACUUUCGACAAAUGGAGCAACCCGAGAUCGUGGAGACCCUGCAGAGGGUCACCGGCGUCCCGCUGGAAGAUUCGCGGCUGUCGACGUUGUACAACCUUUUGGUUACCAAGGGCGAUCACUUUCAGGCGGAGCGUUUCAUCAGCAACGCGCUCUCGAUGGGGCUCUUAAGCGAUUAUAUCAAUGCUCAAACUUAUAGAGCAAUUUGGACCAAGUUAUCGUCUAGCGAGCCCAAACCCGGAAUGCGGGGAGGUCAUCAGAUGGUGCUGGACCCUACGGCCGAGGUACUUUAUCUCUUCGGCGGAUGGGACGGUAAUCAGGACCUCUCUGACCUUUGGUCCUACGAUAUAGAAGGUGCGAAAUGGACUCUAAUAUGCAAGGAUACCGAGGCGGUGGGUGGUCCGAGCGCGCGUUCCUGCCACAAGAUGUGCCUAGAUCCUCAAAGACGGCAACUGUUCACCUUGGGCAGGUAUCUGGACACGCAGUAUCGCACGUGCGAGAAUUUGAAGAGCGACUUUUACGUCUACGACAUCGAGUCGGGCAAGUGGACGCGAAUCUCGGAGGAUACGGGGACCAUGGGCGGGCCGCCCCUUGUUUUCGAUCAUCAGAUGUCCAUGGACGUGGAGAAACGCACCAUUUACGUAUUCGGCGGACGAGUACUAGCUCAUCCAACGAAUGCCGACGAACACGGUCUGAUACCGGAGCCGCACUUCUCGGGUCUGUACUCUUAUCACGUGCCGACCGGCACUUGGACCAGACUCGCCUGUGAUAUCGCCGACAAGCCCUGCUCGAGAGAUAUGCCGAUCUAUAGAUCCCGGGCAGGCCACUCCAUGCUGUUCCAUCCGCGAUCGAGAAAGCUGUAUAUAUUCGCCGGUCAGAGAGGCAAGGAAUAUCUGAGCGACUUCUUCACCUACGAAGUCGACACGCAGCACGUCGAGUACAUCAAUUACAACGAGUUCGGCACGACGAAGGAAUCCGGUCAUGUACCCGCAGCCGGAUUCACCCAGAGAGCGACCAUGGAUCCUGAGCUCGGCGAAAUUUACGUUUUAUCGGGUCUGAGCAAGGAUAAGGAUAAGAGGGAUGAUAACGUGCAAAAUUCUUUCUGGGUGUACAAUAUUCAGAGCAGCAAAUGGUCAUGCAUAUAUCGCAAUGAGAAUGUCGGCGAGAAAUAUUGGAGCAAAAUGCAGGAUUACGAGCCGUGUCCGCGAUUUGCGCAUCAACUCGUUUAUGAUCAUACAAGGAAGGUUCAUUUUCUAUUUGGUGGCAAUCCAGGCAGAUCUUGCUUACCAAAUCUGCGUCUCGAUGAUUUUUGGCAAUUGGAAUUGUGCCGGCCUACGGCUGAACAGAUCUUGAGGAGAUGCAAAUUGAUCAUUAGGAAGCACAAGUUCAAAGAACUCGCCUUGAGCAACAGCAUAGAAGCUCUUGAGUAUCUGCAAACCAAGAUCUUUGAGAUUAUCGAUCACAGUGAUACGCAGCAGACGAGAGAGUUUCAAUUACUGACGUCGAUAUUAUUCCGGAAGCAGAACGGCUCGUUGGAAGACGUCUCCCAGCCGGACUCGGCGAUCCUGAACGAAGUGGCGGCGGGGACGGCGACGCAGCAGUGCUCGCACGCACGCGACGUGCACAAUCUGCGGACCGAGCUCUACGACAAGCUCGCGGAAUUCUUCCCGGAAUCGUUGACGCAACCGCGGGCGAAUCUGAUCGAUCUCCUGCCGUUAUAAUCGGACCGGAUUCCUCAUCGGGACCCCGAAUGACGGAAUGUUCUCUGGUGCAUGUUACAUUAUUCUUUUUCUUUUUUUUUUUUUUCGUUCGACGACUCGAAAGUUUCUCUUCUUCGUUGCAACUUUGUAGAUCGACGACGAACUUUGCCAUAAUUUUAUAUACUGGCGCGAUUUGCUCCUCCGUGUUACGUAAUAAAUAUUUUCAUAUUUUAAUCGAGAAUGAAUAAUAGGGAGAGAAAAAACGGAUUACAUUGUUUCAACUCCCUGUUGUGCAAUUUUAUUUAUUUCGUUUUGUUAGAAUUGUUGGAAAAUUUUCUUUCCUUUUCGCAAAAGAAACCCAGCAGAGCAUUCUCUUGUUAUUUAUACUUAUUUACAAUUAUGUAUGAUUUUUGUGAGACGAAUCCCCCCUCGGAACUUUGUGAUAUCGAUAGCUUUCUAAUCGACUGGUUAGCUAAUAACAUAAGUAAGCUAGACAUUGAUUUUAUAUAGGUAAUCUCUUCCAUAUUCUGUAACUAUGCGUUAUUAUACAGCGCGGCCAUAAAGUUGUUAUUAUGUUUACUGCAAUAAUAUAUAUAUAUAUAUAUAUAUAUAUAUAUAUAUAUAUAUAUCGAACAAAGGGCUGAAGAAAAAAAAUGCGCUAAGAAGGUUCUCUUCAAACGAAAUAAUUUUAUAUUCACAGGAUGUUUUAUUCAACACGAUAUAUAUACUCGAAUUUAUUUUAUUUUAUUUUAUUUUUUUUUAAGCUAGAGAAACUAUUUCGCUUCGCUAAAUUAUUUAAAUUAUUUAAAUUUAGCGAAACGAAUGAUAUUUUUUUCUAGUUAAAAAAGGAAUAUAUGUAGUGACGAAAAGAGACGUAGAAAAUAUUACGAUCGUGAUUCAUCAUAUGAUCCUUAUCCAAUCAAUUAUAAUUUCAAUUUCUAGUUAAUUUAAUAAAUGAUACUUUACUAAUUACGAUUUUAAAUUAUAAUUCAUUGUAUAACAAGAAAUUUUUUGCAUUGGAGAUUGUAAUAUUUGUUUACGCCACGAUUGAAUAAUUAUCUCUCUCAUUUUCAACGCUAACAAAAGCAACAACCCAUUCAGGUAGAACAUAAACUCAUAUAAUGACGUCAUCAUGACUUUAUUCACCAGAAAUCAUAAAUUUCAAAAGUCCCCUAAUAUAAGAUAAUUGCUUAUAUAAUUUUCAAAAAUUUAUGUUGCUUAUUGAAUAUUGUUAGUAUAAUAGAAUAAAUAAAAAUUAUAAUAUAAAAAAAAUUUUUCAAAAUAAAUUUUAAGUGACGUCAUUAUGAGUUUUAUGUUUCACGUGCAAACGUUUUAUAUUUCAAGUAGCAAAUUGACGUCAUAGACGUCAAGAUGACGUCACUUUGACGCCUAAUGACGUCAUUCAACGUCAAAAUGACAUACAUUUGCUAUUUGGGAGAUAUAUUUCGAGUUGACUAAAACUUCUUGCUUUUUCUCAUGCAAAAUAUCUUUUCAUUAGAUGUACCAAUUUCAAAAUACUUUCAUUUAUUCCUUUUCAAUUGAUCGAAGAAGAUUCGAAUUUUCUCACCAGGAAUGCCUUUCGACGAGAUGUGAAAUUUGAAAAAAAAUGUUACAUUGCAAAUAUCGAUGCGAGUUGAUAAUGGGGACUUGUUUUUCCCCCUUCUCGACUUCUCCAUAGAUAUAUAUUCUUCCUUUCUAAUUGUUUAUUAAUUUGACGCAAGGCUAAAUUAAACAAAAAAAAAGAAUUUUAGACUCGUUAGCGUGUAGAUAUUCGCAUUAUAGUCAAACGUGAGAUCUUGUUUUUUCUGUAUCCUACUUAAUUUGCACUUGUUUUAUUGUAUACAUUUGUUGGCUGAAAGUUUCUUGUAUAUACCUUGUUUUCCCCAUAAUCAGCCUCGCGAGUUAAAAAAAAAAUAAAAUUAUUGUAGUAUAUAUAAGCGAGAGAAAAUAUAUAAUGCGACUUAUAUGUAUAUUUGUGAAACGUUAUAGAAGAAGCGAGAGACUAUAUGCUAAGAUCCGAACGUGGCUUACCUUUGUACAUAUAUAAUUAAUUAAUACAAAACGUGAGGAAA